AUGUUGAUAACGAUCGUGAAAUUGUUCAGGCCGGUAUUUUUUGUUAUUUCACGAAUUUAUUUCAAUGCUGUUUCUGUCUUUUUCACCGCACUCUACUAUUUCAUACCAAAACGGAUGGUCGAAGCUCCCCGGGAUAAUCUGUUGCUGAUCAGUGCUACGCAAGCUGCAGAAAUGAUCCGAAAACGUGAAAUAAAAAGUCGGACGCUUGUUGAAACUUACAUUCGACGUAUUGAAGAAGUGAACGGAAUCAUCAAUGCAGUGGUACAGAAGAAUUUCGAAGAAGCACUGAUAAAAUCACAGGAG